GAAUCCCCACAUACCGCCCAAUGUCCGACGUCCAUCCUCACAUUCCUCUUCGCCUCCCGCAUCCCAUCCCUCACCACUUCCCUCCCUCCUCCAAUCCCUCUCCAUUUCCCUCCCUCCUCUCAUGCCGUCAAACACUCAUUCCGUCACAUACUUAUUCCGUCAAACAUUGA